CCCUCACCCACCCCACCUCAUCCUCUCUCGCACUCCCCUCCCCCUUCACUGAUCUCUCUCGCUCCUUCUGUCCCUCCCCUUCCUCCCUUCCAACAUCCCUCCCUUCCUCCCCUCUCCCUCCGUUCCCUCCCCCUCCACUGCAGACAUAUUGUAGAGGCUGCUGCUGACUCAAUAGGAGGCGCCAUUCUGUGAUGGUAUUGCGAGGCAGGGAGCGAGAAAAGGGGGCCGGCAGAGAGAGUCGGGAGGCUUACAUAACGGAGCGCCUCUCUAGCGCCAUCUGCAAGUAAUGGAAGAAGCAAGAAAAGGGAGCGAGGGAGGGGAGGUGGUCAUGGGUAUGUGUGUUUCACUCCCUCUCACACUCUUCUGACAGACAGACAGACGCAGGUCGGCCAGACGGGCGGGGACGUCUCUGGUUCUCUGGGUUCCUCACCAGGCCCAACAGUUGGUGGAACCGCACGUUCUCCGCUUGGUGUUUCAUCGAGAAGGGAAAUGAGCGGCGUUGUGAGCAGGAGUCGUGUGGGCCUGUUUGUUGUCCCUGACCUGCUUUGAUGUCAUCGUGCCACAGUGACCUUUGACCCCACUACACAAAGCUCAGACGUGAAUAGAGACGGGAAGAGAUGGCCCCUUUGGACCUGGAGUCGAGCAGCCGUCUUGUUUCUCUGGCAGAAGGUGCCUUCUCUCAUGCCGGACCUGAUGGAAGGGGUGCUCCGCUCUGACUGGGUGGACCGUGGUUGACAGGUCGCUGCUGACGACCAUAAUCCAAGAUGGUGAAGGCCAAAUCGGAUGAACUCAACACUCCAAAACAUAACGUGUCCUUCCAACCCCAGGUGGGCAGAAUGUUCCAGCUCCCCGUCAAUAACCUGGGCAGUCUGCGGAAAGCCAGGAAAAAUGUCAAGAGGGUCCUGGGAGACAUCGGCCUGGAGUUCUGCAGAGACCACCUGGAUGACUUCAAGGACUAUAUUCCUCCGGAGGUCUACAUCAAGCACACCAACUGGGACGAUGUGUGCAUGUGGGAACCGUCGCAUACCAAAGUCCAGGACUACAGGUCGAAGCCCUUCUGCUGCACCGGCUGCCUCUUCUCCUCAAAGUACUUCUCCGCCUACAAGAGCCACUUCCGCAACGUCCACAGCGAGGACUUCGAGAACAACAUCCUGCUCAACUGCCCGUACUGCACCUACAACGGCAACAAGAAGACUCUGGAGACGCACAUCAAGCUGUUCCACAUGCCCAGCGGCGCCACGCGGCCGGGCCCCGGCGGCGGCGCGGUGGCGGCCGGCGGCGGGCUCUUGAUGGAGGGCGUGCUGAAGCGGAGCGGCAACAGUGUGGAGCAGGCGGUGUACUACUGCAAGAAGUGCACCUACAGGGACCCUCUGUACAACGUGGUGCGCAAGCACAUCUACCGGGAACACUUCCAGCAAGUGGCGCAGCCCUACAUCGUGAAGCCGGGGGAGAAGACGCAGAACGGCGCCGCGGAGAGCCAUCACGCCAACAACGGCAACAGCAACCAGAUCCACUGCAAGAAGUGUCUGUUCGUCCCCAGGACCUACGAGGCGCUGGUCCAGCACGUCAUCGAGGACCACGAGCGCAUCGGCUACCAGGUGACCGCCAUGAUCGGGCACACCAGCGUCAUCGUCCCCCGUCCCAAACCCCUCGUCGUGAUCCCGCCCAGAACCCAGGGGGACAAGACCAUCAUCGGGAUGGGCCCCAAAGGCGCGGUGAUGGCGUCCACCCGGCCGGCCGGCUCGCAGCAGAUGGGUCGGGUCAUCGUCUCCUCCAAGGCGGGCUUCAGCGCCCAGAGUUUUCUCUCUGGGAUGAAACACGACGGCAUCCGUCUGAAGGCCGGCACCACCCAGUCGUUCUCCAUCGGCGGCCAGCAGGUGAGGGUGACGCUGCCGGGCAACGCCCAGGUGUCCGUGCCGCAGCAGUCCCACGCGGCCAAGCAGCUGGUCUCGCCCGGCGGCCUGCGCAUUCCGGUCAACGCCUCCAAGUCCAACUCCCUGGGCUCGCGGGUCCAGGCGGCCGAGACCACCGUGGCCUCCGUCACGGCCAAGAAGGGCGGCGGCUCCUCGGCGCUCGGCGUCUCCUACACCCAGAAGUGGAAGAUCUGCACCAUCUGCAACGAGCUGUUCCCGGAGAACGUGUACAGCGCCCACUUCGAGAAGGAGCACAAGGCGGAGAAGGUGCCGGCGGUCGCCAACUACAUCAUGAAGAUCCACAACUUCACCAGCAAGUGUCUGUACUGCAACCGCUACCUGCCCAGCGACACGCUGCUCAACCACAUGCUGAUCCACGGGCUGUCGUGCCCGCACUGCCGCGCCACCUUCAACGACGUGGAGAAGAUGGUGGCCCACAUGCGGUCGUCGCACCCGGACGAGAGCGUGGGGCCGCGCACCGACUCGCCCCUGACCUUUGACCUCACCCUGCAGCAGGGUAACCCCAAGAACGUGCAGUUGAUCGUCACGACGUACAACAUGAGGGACGCGCCGGAGGAGUCGGUGGCGUUCCACGCUCAGAACAACAACAACAUCUCCGCGGCGGCGGCGGCCCUGACCGCCUCCAUCGUGUCGGGCAAGAAGCCGCCGCCCAAAACGCCCCCGGGGGCGGCCGACGGCUCGCCGGCCAAGAUGCCGCCGCAGGCCUCCGUCACCUACAAGGGAGACGUGACCAAGACGCUGUGUCCGCUUUGCUUCUCCAUCCUCAAGGGCCCCGUCACGGACUCGCUGGCCCACCACCUGAGGGAGCGGCACCAGGUGAUCCAGACGGUCCACCCGGUGGAGAAGAAGCUGACCUACAAGUGUAUCCACUGCCUGGGGGUCUACACCAGCAACAUGACGGCCUCCACCAUCACGCUCCACCUGGUGCACUGUCGGGGGGUCGGGAAAACCCAGAACGGGCCGGACGCCGCCCGGGUGGCCCAGUCCCCUCGGGUCAACCCGUCCCCGAGCGGCGCCGCGAAGCGGGCCGGCGGCGAAGGCCCCGACCCCGUAGCGCCGAAACGAAGGAGGCCGCCCGGGGAGAGGGUCAACCCGCGGGACGUCACGGGCUCGUCGGCGUUUGUGGAAAACCCCGACGAGCCCGUGGUCCUGGCCCUCGACCCCCAGGGACACGAGAACGAGUCGUACGAGUCCAGGAAGGCGUUCCUCACGCGGUAUUUCAACCGGGCGCCGUACGCCACGCGGCGAGAGGUGGAGAAGCUCGCCGGCAGCCUCUGGCUGUGGAAGUCCGACAUCUCCAGCCACUUCUGCAACAAGAGGAGGAAAUGCGUGCAGGACUGCGAAACCCAGAGCGCCGGCGUGCUGCUCGGCUUCAGCAUGUACGAGCUCAGCAAGGUGAGCCACGGGCUGGCGGGCGUGGCGCCCGGCGCCUACGAAGGCGUCCGCAACAAGAGACGAACUUCCAGGACGCGGCUCGGGCUGUCGGAGCGGGCGCUCCGCAGACACAGGGAGCUCGCCGCCGCUAACGGGGGGGCGGCGCCGCCGUCCGCCCCGAAACCCGGCGGCGCCACCGGAGAGCAAACCAAGACAAUCAGCAGCGCCUCAACACAGAGAACACCUCUCGACCUGUCGGAGCCCAUCGCCAUCGACUCCGACAGCGAUGAAGACGAGCGGCGGAGGGACGACGAGGAGGAGGGAGACGCUGAGCAGAAAAUGGAGCCGGGGGCCAAGAGCCUCUCAAACCUAGAAGACACGUCGGACGACGACGAUGAAGACGACGACGACGACGAAGAGGCGUACGUAGAGAACGGCUUCGCGCCCGCGGAGGCGGCUAAAGACAGAGACGCUCACCCCAUCAUCAUUCCUAAAUUUGUGCCGUCGUCCGCGAGGAGCAGGAGAGACGGCGCCCAGCUGGGCGAGCAGCAGGUCUGACCGGCGACGCCCCAAAGACUCCGUUCGGUGACCUCGCCGGGCGCCGGCGGAGGAGGGGCCUCAAAAGGAGCCGCCGGUGACUUUUUAAAGGACUCGACGAGCAGCGAGGAUCCACCUGGAGAUUUGUGAACGUUUUUACGGUUCCUUCUGGAGUUUUCUUUCUUCCGCUGCCUUCGCUUUACUUCAGUGCUUUGAGGUCUUUAUUAUUAUUAAUGUUGAUUUUUUUUAGCCACUGAACUUGUGAACGUGGCUUUAAGAUAUUGAGUUGUCGUGCGGUGAAGCUUCUUAAACUGACCAGAUAAUCCACCUCUUGUUUUCCAUGUCGUGUAUAUUUGUACAGUCUUCUAGACGUCGGGAUAGACGGCCGCGGACCACCUUGAAUAUUUGCUCUCACCUGUCCGUCAGGUAGCCUCGCGUGUUCUACAUCCUAUGCUUAACGAUAGUUGUCGCUUUGGUGGCUGGUAUUUUCUUGUACGUUUAAGUUUAUUUUUUAACAAAAACCUAGUUUUUUUUUGUGCAAAAUAAUAUAUCUAUAUAUAAAAGAAAUAACAGAAUUGAUUUGUUUUGGCUUUAGAUUUUUUUUUUUUUGUAUUUCCUUUUUAAUUUAAUUUAAUUUGAAUGAUUUCUUCUCCUCCAGUUUCAGCGCCCCGUGCUCUCGGCGUUUGCUCCUCUUUCUGCUCAGUUGGAACUCUAUGGCGUUCCUUUCGGCGGUGACCUCACGUCCACCGGGAGUUUCCUUUGCGUUCUUUGAAUUGUGUGUAUUUGUUUUUACGUUUGCAUUUUCCACUUAAGCAUUUAUGAACAAUAAAGUGCUGUCAUCGUGCUUCUCACAGAU